AUGGCCAAGGCCGAUGCCUCAUCGCCUAAGGGGACGCCUCCUUCGACCGCGCUGAAGCGAACGACUUCUAGUACCCAGAACAUGAAAAGCCAAAAAUCAAUUUUAGGAUUCUUCCAAAAAUCCUCCCCCGCGACUCCCUCUUCCGCCAAACCCCGUGAACCUGCGUCGUCCCCCGCACAACGAGCCUCCGAGAAACGCGGUGUUGGUGCGACCAAACAAACACCCACAACGCAGAAAAGAAGCUUCUCGAGUUUCGCCGCGGAUUUGAGUCCUGUCCCAAGUAGCGAUCUACCUAUUCCGGAUGAAGCUGAGGAAGAUGCCGGUGUAAAGACAAAAGGCAAUAACGCGCCAGAUACCACAAUGUCUCCUUCUCGUCGGGGCAAGAAGAAGCCGGUCAGCUACAAAGAGUCUGAUUCGGAGGGCGAAGAGGACGACGAUGUGAUCUUCCGUCCGAGCAGGCAGAAUGGUCGAGCCAGUAAGAGACAAAGGACUGUCGUGGAGAGUGAUGAUGAUGACUUUGAGGAAGCCGCGGGCGAUGCUGGAUACUCGGACGAUGAAAUGGACGACUUCGUUGUUGCCGAUGAUUCAGAUGAAGACGCUGCGCCCGUACCGAAACGGAAAAGACCUGCCACCCAAUCUUCACGCAAGAAUUCGAACCAGUCGGCAUCUAUGCCACCUCCCCCAGCCGACGAGGAAAUCGAUAUCGACAUCCCAGAGGGAUCGGCUGGCACUGCACAACAGUGGAAGUUUGACCCGGAGAACAAUGCGCCUCGAAAAGAGCGUGCCGUCGAAUCGAAAUCGACACUUAGCACCUCAACCAGAAAAGAAAAGGCCCAUACGAAGGAACCAGAGGAUCGAUACCCCUGGCUUGCAAAUAUCAAGGACAUCGACGGUAACCCUAAGGGUCACCCAGAGUAUGAUCCUCGGACCAUCUAUAUUCCCCCAUUCGCCUGGGCCAAAUUCUCGCCUUUCGAAAAACAGUACUGGGAAAUCAAACAGAAGUUUUGGGACACUGUUGUGUUCUUCAAGAAGGGAAAGUUUUAUGAGCUAUACGAGAACGAUGCCACUAUUGGCCAUCAGCUUUUUGAUUUGAAACUUACUGAUCGAGUCAACAUGCGCAUGGUUGGUGUUCCUGAGAUGAGUUUGUCUCACUGGGCAAAUCAAUUUGUGGCCAAGGGAUUCAAGAUUGCUCGUGUUGACCAGUCUGAAUCUGCCCUGGGCAAGGAGAUGCGCGAGAGAGAUGCCAAGAAGGGUGGAAAAGAGGACAAGAUUAUCAAGCGAGAGCUAGCGUGUGUUCUCACAACCGGUACACUUGUGGAAGGUUCGAUGCUUCAGGAUGACAUGUCCACCUACUGUGUUGCUAUUAAGGAGGCCAUCGUGGACGACCUCCCUGCCUUUGGUAUUGCUUUCGUUGAUACCGCAACUGGCCAAUUUUUCAUGUCUGAGUUCGUGGAUGAUGUGGAUAUGACCAAGUUCGAGACCUUCGUUGCGCAGACCCGUCCUCAGGAAUUGCUGCUUGAGAAAUCUUGUGUUUCGACGAAGACCAUGCGAAUUCUGAAGAACAACACUGGACCAACCACUCUGUGGAAUCACUUGAAGCCGGGCAGAGAAUUCUGGGAGGCUGACAUAACGCUGAAAGAGCUCGACGCUGCAGAGUACUUCGUAUCUCAAGACGAUGAGAAUGUCAAGGCUUGGCCCGAGACACUCCGUGAGGCCCGAGAGAAGGAGCUAGUUAUGUCGGCUUUCGGUGCUCUAGUUCAGUACCUGCGCGUUCUGAAGAUUGACAAGGAUUUGAUCACUAUUGGCAAUUUCACAUGGUACGAUCCCAUCAAGAAGGCCUCCAGUCUGGUGCUAGACGGUCAGACCUUGAUCAACAUGGAGAUUUUCGCCAACUCCUUUGAUGGAGGCGCCGAGGGUACUUUGUUCCAACUUCUCAACUGCUGUAUCACACCUUUCGGUAAACGAACAUUCAAGCAAUGGGUUUGUCACCCGUUGAUGGACGCAAAGAGAAUAAAUGCUCGUCUGGAUGCCGUUGACGCCUUGAACGCCGACCCAAGUAUUCGAGAUCAGUUCUCCUCACAGUUAACUAAGAUGCCUGACUUGGAGCGGCUGAUCUCUCGAGUCCACGCAGGACAAUGCAAGGCCCAGGACUUUGUGCGUGUUCUAGAGGGCUUCGAGCAAAUCGAUUACACUAUGGGUCAUCUCAAAGAUUCCGGUGCCGGCGAAGGUAUCAUUGGGCAGUUGAUUUCGGGGAUGCCCGAUCUGACUGAACUUCUGGGGUACUGGAAGACGGCCUUUGAUCGACCCAAGGCUAAGGAGAAUGGCAUCCUCGUCCCAGAGCCUGGUGUUGAAGAAGAUUUUGAUAACUCGCAAGCGAUCAUCGAACAGCUGCACAAGGACCUUGAUAACGUCCUCAAGAAGGCACGCCGCGAUUUGGGGUCUACUUCAAUCUGCUACCGUGACAACGGUAAGGAGAUCUAUCAGCUUGAAGUGCCUGUUAAGGUCAAGAACAUUCCCAAGAACUGGGAUCAGAUGUCUGCCACUAAGCAGGUCAAGCGAUACUACUUCCCGGAGCUCCGAAGUCUUAUCCGGAAGCUCCAGGAGGCUCAAGAAACGCACGGUCAGAUUGUCAAGGAGGUCGCAGGUCGGUUCCAUGCUCGCUUUGAUGAGCAUUACGCCACAUGGCUGGCGGCUGUCCGCAUCAUCUCCCAGCUGGACUGCUUGAUUAGUCUGGCGAAGGCGUCUGCCUCGCUGGGUCAGCCUAGCUGCCGACCUGUCUUUGUAGAGGAUGAACGAAGCGUUCUGGAAUUCGAAGAGCUCCGUCACCCUUGUCUUCUUUCUUCUGUUGAGGACUUCAUCCCCAACAACGUUCAGCUUGGUGGAGAUAAACCCAAUAUCGACCUACUUACCGGUGCCAAUGCCGCCGGAAAGUCUACCCUUCUCCGCAUGACAUGUGUCGCAGUUAUCAUGGCGCAGAUUGGAUGUUAUAUUCCCUGCCAAUCCGCACGACUCACUCCCGUCGACCGCAUCAUGUCACGUCUUGGAGCCAACGAUAACAUCUUCGCCGCACAGUCCACCUUCUUCGUCGAACUAUCCGAAACCAAGAAGAUUCUCUCCGAGGCCACACCCAGAUCCCUAGUGAUCCUUGACGAGCUGGGUCGUGGAACCAGUUCGUACGACGGUGUCGCUGUCGCACAAGCUGUUCUCCACCACAUCGCUACACACAUCGGCGCAAUGGGCUUCUUCGCAACACAUUACCACUCCCUCGCAGCAGAGUUCGAGGGCCACCCUGAAAUUGCACCGAAGCGUAUGGCAAUCCAUGUCGAUGAAACCGAGCGCCGCGUUACCUUCCUCUACAAACUUGAAAAGGGAGUUGCGGAAGGCAGUUUCGGUAUGCAUUGUGCAUCUAUGUGCGGUAUCUCCAAUAAGGUCAUUGAGCGCGCCGAAGAAGCUGCGAAACAGUGGGAGCACACCAGUCGCUUGAAAGAAAGCUUGGAGCGCCGCAAGGGCGGUGGUUAUGUUGGCCUAGGUUGGUGGAGUGAUGUUGCCUGGGCGUUGCGCGAAUCUACUUCCAGUAAAGAGGGUUCUGAUGGGGUUACGGACCUCGGCCUUGAGGUUUUGCGCAAAGCGAUUGAAGCACUUUGA